AUGCGCGGGUGUGUGCCCGGCGGCUCCGACGUCUGGAGCUCGUCAGGCGGCGCGGGUUGGGCAGUGGCCGGGGCGGCUGCUGCUUUGGCCGUGGAUGGCUCCACGGUGCCUUGGCAAGUCGGCUGCGGCGCCGGCUGGCGUAUACCGGCGUCGGCUCGUCUGGCAUUCCCUAUCUUUCGUUUCGGCGCCGACGAACCAGGCACACGCGCUUGCUCCGCCUGGAAGUUUGACGAUGGCAUCUGUACAACUGAUCCACAACAGUGCCGAUGGUACAAUAAUCCUGCGGACAACAUCGCAGGACUCUCGUCGGAUCUAAGGUGCAAGAGCCGCGUCAUGUCCAUUGUCAGGCCGCGACAGCUUCAAGUGCACAGACCGCAUAAUGAACUUCUGUGAGCGCUGCUUCACGCCAUCCGGUCAGUGCUCCCUCUGCAUCUGGAAUUCUGGAUUGGAUGCUUGCGGUCGAUACAAUAUUCAUGCAUGGCAUGACACAAACCCUACAGACUAAUCGAUACAAUAAGCACUUGAUGCACAAGAGUAUGCAUACACUAUGCUCAAAACCUUCUCAGUUGAACCUUUAUGUAGAUUGUUAAAAAAUUCAAACCCUAUGUAAGUUCGGUGUUAAAUGGCUGAGUCUCGUGUUCACGCACAAGGUAACUUGUCAUGAAAUGAACUAUAUUUUUUUGGAGAUGAUUUAGCUAGUUUAGGAGCUACUAUUUUCCAGUUGACA